CUAUCGUCGAUCGCGCCCUUAGUCUUAGACAACCGAACUAUACAAGCAUGUACACACAAUGGCUUCGUUAAGGUCUAGGAUACUGCAUUUCAGCUGCCUGGCUGUAGUGUUGUAUGUUGGCAUGCUGUGGAGUUGGAAAAACACGGGGUUUCCAGCGAAACGACGUUAUGGUGAGAACAGGUCACAUGAGGGCAUGAUUACCGGGCGAGGCCCUACAUUACGGAGUGACCUGUCACCAUCCUUCACAACAAAUCAGGCCAGCUGCGAUGGUCCGGUCACCAACUUCGUCUUCAUUAAGGUCCAUAAGACUGGUUCUGGCUCUACGUUUUUGGUACUGGCUAGGUUCGGCCGGAACCACGGAAUGACCAUCUGCUACCCGAUUCACGAUAAGCACAGGCGGCUCUCGUACAACAGCCCAAACUUAGACAGGUCGGCGUGCCAGCCUUCCCUAGGAAACUACACCCUCCUCAUCAACCACGCCAUCAUGAACAAGACUGCCAUGGACCGCCUCAUGGCGCCCGGUACCAGGUACAUCGGCAUCGUGCGCCACCCGCUGGAACAUUUCCGUUCCGUGUUCUUCUAUGAGAAUCAGCCGGCAAAGGACAGCGUCAACCCGUUAGGGAAGUACCUGGAUAGCAAGGUGAACUACAAGCCAGGACGUACUGGCAUGGGAAAACUUGGGAAGCCGGUCUGUCAGCAGAAGAAUUUCCAAGCUUACACCUUGGGCUUCCCAAGGAAGCUGUUUGGGAGCAGGAAGAAAAGUGUACUAGAGGAGACUCUUAGAACCGUUGGCAGCUGGUACUCCAUAGUUCUGAUAACAGAGUACUGGGAGGAAUCCUUGGUGUUGCUGAGAAGAACGUUUUGCUGGACCAUGUACGACAUCCUCCACACAACAAGAAGACUCCACGUUCAAAGAGAUCCCAAAAAGUCAGCCCCACUCACGGACAAACAGAUAGAAACUCACAGGAAAAUCACACCCAUAGACUAUCUCAUAUACGACUACUUCAACAGGACCUUUUGGGAACGGACAACCAAGGAAGGACCCGAGUUUUGGGACGAGGUGGUGUAUUUUAAAACACUGAAUCUCCAAGUAAACAACCACUGUACACUCUCCCAAGGAGAUAAAGUCUUUCCUAGCGGCAAAUGGAGCCGAGAGUUUUUGGCUGACUCGACCUUCUGUGAAGAACUGGACUGGACCACUACGCAGUGGAAUUCAGCCUUGUUGCUCCAACUUGAAAGGCAAAACGAAGAGAUUAGUAGAAAGCAAGCCCAAAUUGAAUCUGAGUGACCUCAAAUCUACAUCAAAAAUAUUUACACGUUGUCUAGUGGUGUGUAUCAGAGAACACACUUUGUAGCAUUGAAUGUAAUUCAUUUUGUCUCAAAGAUAUUUACUUUGUAUCAAAAAAGUUCAAUACACUUUGUUUCAAA